AUGGAGCUUAGUCGCACAACUCUAGGACUCGCUGUUGGAAUAGCAGGAACUCUUUUUGUAGGGUAUUGUGUGUAUUUUGACCAACAACGUCGCAAAGAUCCUCUGUACAAAAAGAAACUGAGGGAACGUAGACAAAUGGCGCAACAGAACUCAUCAAAUUCACGAACCUUGGGUGGACCCUUGCCAGAUAUGAAUGAUCAUGAAGCAAUGCAAAGAUUCUUCUUACAGCAGAUUCAAUUGGGUGAAGAAUUAUUAGCAGCUGGAAAUUUGGAGGCUGGAGUUGAACAUCUCGGUCAGGCUGUAGCAGUUUGUGGGCAGACACAGCAACUUCUUAGUGUGCUCCAACAAACAAUGCCGGCUCCAAUCUUCCACUUGCUUCUCAAGAAGCUACCUGAGGUGUCCGACCGUCUUCGAGCAUCUAUGGGAGCCAGCGGACGUACUUUACAAGAAGAAGAUGUCGAAUAA